AUGGAGGAGGAGCUGCCCGACGACCUGCUCGCCGACGUCCUCCGCCGCCUCCCCCAGCGCUACCUAGCCGCGUCCCGCUGCGUCCGCAGGGCCUGGCGCCGCAUCAUCGACGAGCGCCGCCUCCUCUCGGACCUUCUCCCGCACUCGCUCGCCGGCAUCUUCAUCCAGCUCGAGUGCCACGGAUGCCCGGAGUUCUUCUCCCGCCGCCCCACUUCCGUGGCCGGUGCUACCGUCAACACGAAGCUGCAGGACUUCUUGCCCCGCACGGAAUAUCCCUUCGGCGAGGUAUCCGACGUCGACCCGUUCGACAACGAGGACUAUUUCGUUCGAGACCACUGCAAUGGUCUUCUCCUGACGUACACGUACGUGAUCAACCCUGCCACGCGGCGCUGGAGUGUUUUGAGCACUCCCCAGCGGCCCCUCGCCGACCUCCCGCGGAUCGUCUGGUAUUACAACGACUAUCUAUCCUUUGAUCCCACGGUGUCCCUCCACUACCAGGUGUUCAGCAUCCCUUGUCUGCUCUUCCUAAGAGCAGCAGAAGAUGCAGAUCCCUUGGUGGAGGAAUCCGAAUGGCCGCCAUCUACAUGGAUACUGAAUGUAUUCUCGUCGAGGUUGGGUCGUUGGGAAGAGAGGUCUUUUGCUCGAGAAGGUGAUAGUGCAGGGUCUGUCGCCGAGGCACGGCCACAUUACGGCUGGCCCAAAUGUGGCGCUGCCUACUGGCGACAAGCGCUUUACGUGCACUGUCAGACUAACUUUCUCGUGAGGAUAGACUUGUCUGAUGAUAAGUACCGUGUGAUUAAACCACCUAUGAACAUGGAUACCAAGACCCAUCUUGGAAGCUCAAAACAUGGUGUGUACUAUGCAUCAUUAAGUAAGGAUGUCUUUCGACUUCCAGAUGUCAAUAAGAAAGCAAUAGUUGGAGAAAAUUCUGAAUGGAACUCUGACAACGAUUUCGAUGACAACGAAGACUUGGUUGGACAACGUCCCCAUGGAUGUGACAUACUCGGGUUUCACCCGCACAAAGAGAUUCUUUUCUUAAGCAGCUUCAAGGAACAUGAAUGGAUUGCAACGGUACACUGA